AUGUAGGCCUUGGACUUCCAGCUGACAAGAUCGUGUCAGCCACUGCACAAUUCCCUCCCCGAUAUAGCUCGGUUCAAUCGGUUCCAGACUACCAUAAAAAUCUCGUCUGCGGGUAUAUAGAGCGUGCUUCAGUGAAGUCCAUCGCGAUUGGACCUAAAGGUGUUGAGUAAAAAUUGUCUUUGGAAUUAGCGGAACUAUUCAGACGUUUACGACUCUGUCAAAUUAAAUCGAAAAUGGUGAUAUUUCAAUUUCUUGCAGCACUAUGUAUUGUCAGUGUAUCAUAUGGAAUGGAGUGCCCAGUGUGUACAGAGAAAGGCAACCCAGCAUCGUGUACAGAGAUCCUUCCAUGUCACCAGGAUCACGAUGUGUGUGAGAUGACGCUACACUUGAGAGAUGAGAACAGAAUCGAGUUUACCUGCAGAAACAGACCCGCCUGCAACCACCAAGAAGUCCAGCACUGUGACGUCAUCCAGCACGAGAGAUGCUGGUUCUGCUGUGCCAGUCUAGACGCCUGCAAGAUGCAAGCUCACACGGUCUUUGAGUCACUGUUUGGGUACUCUACAGCCGCGCCGACACCCGUAACAACACCAGUCCCAGAUACAACAACAGCUAAACCCACCACACCCAUUCCCACCACACCCAUCCCCACCACUACCACACCCAUCCCCACCACUACCACACCCAUUCCCACAACUACCACACCUAAACCCACAACUACCACACCCAUACCCACAACUACCACUACCACACCUAAACCCACCACUACCACACCCACACCCACCACUACAACUACCACACCUAAACCCACCACUACCACACCCACACCCACCACUACCACUACAACACCGAAACCCACGACUACCACACCAAGACCCACCACUACCACCACCACACCGAAACCCACCACGACAACCACCCCAACGACCACAACUACUACCACCACAACCACAGCUGCCCCCAACAUCUGCAUCCAAUGCAACGUCAGUGAGCCGUGUGACGCCUACACAGUCCAGGUGACGCCCCCCAGUUUGUGCGACGCCGCAACACCCUACUGCUUCACCACCAUCGUUCAGAACAGGGACGUUAAGAAUAUUUACAAAGGAUGUGCCGAUAGGAACUGGUGUCUGACCAACUAUUGGCAGACGACCAUUCAUAAGCCCGAGUGCCUGGAGAACGACUACACAGACCUGCUUCUAGACUGUUCCUUCUGCUGCACGGGCGUCGGCUGCAACCUUCCCGUCAAGCCCUAUGAUCUUACUCUAGUCAAGUUCUAGUUCCCGAUGUUUGUACAUUCAGACAUGCGCAGUCCACUUCUUUACAGCCGCUUCUACAUUCAGGCAUGCGCAGUCUGCAUCAUUAACUGCUAAAUUCAGACAUGCGCAGUCCACAUCUUUUUCCACUUGUAUUUGUCUGAUUUUGGUUUAUUUUUAACAUUAUUUAUGUCUUUCACGCUUAAAGGCCUUUAAAUAAACUAAGUAUUGUCAA